GAGCUCCGGCGGGAGCUUGGACCCGCUUCUCCGAUAGGUACAAAUAAGUUUAUUACGUACAUACUGUACUACGGCUGAUCCAUACCCUAAGUUUCGUGUUUGCCCCAAAUUAUUUCAUCACCCAUAUUCAACAGUCUAAUAUGGCUGAUUCCGACGAAGAUUAUAUUGGGGAAGUCUCCGAGGAUGAAGGUGUCAAUAAUGUGCUUCGAAGUCCUCGGGGGGAAGUGCCUGCGUCCCGUGCAAAAAGGAGGAAACAGCGCGGAGGAGCAGAAUGGGAGGUCUCAAGAACCUGGGAAACCUUAGUCGAGGGUGCAGAUGGUACAAUUAGCUCGACAGUUGAAGGACUUUUAGAGGCUGGAAAGAGAAAGAGGCUUCUAAGAGAUACGACCCCUUUGCAACGUGGUAUAAUUCGUCAUCUCAUUUUGAUUCUCGAUCUAUCACAGUCCAUGGCAGAGAAAGACCUUCGCCCAACAAGGUAUCUACUUACGCUACGGUACGCACAGGAUUUUGUGGGGGAAUUCUUCGAGCAAAAUCCAAUCUCUCAGCUUGGUGUCCUUGGCCUAAGAGACGGCCUCGCCGUCCGAAUAAGCGAUAUGAGCGGAAACCCCACGGAACAUAUUGGCGCAAUACAAGCUCUGAGAGUUCAGGAUCCAAAAGGCCUCCCGAGCAUUCAGAAUGGGCUUGAAAUGGCCCGUGGCGCAUUACUUCAUACCCCAAGCCAUGGCACUCGGGAGGUAUUCAUUAUAUUUGGCUCUCUCCUUUCGUCUGACCCCGGAGAUAUUCAUCAAACAAUGUCCACCCUCAUCAAUGAUAAAGUGCGCGUGGGAAUCGUAGGUCUCGCUGCUCAAGUAGCCAUCUGCCGUGAGCUCUGUGCAAAAACAAACGGCGGCGACGACACCCGAUAUGGCGUGGCACUCAACGAGCAACACUUCCGUGAAUUGGUAAUGGACGUAACGACCCCUCCAGCCACAUAUUCCCAAAAACAGUCCACAAGUUCCCUUUUAAUGAUGGGGUUUCCAUCUCGUACUGUUGAAGCAUCUCCAUCUCUUUGCGCAUGCCAUUCAAAGCCUUCUUGUGGAGGGUACUUAUGCUCACGUUGCAACAGCAAAGUUUGUGGUCUUCCUGCAGAGUGCCCCUCUUGCAGUCUCACUCUAAUUCUUUCCACUCAUCUUGCUCGGUCAUACCAUCACUUGUUCCCCCUUAUGAACUGGGUUGAGGUUCCCUGGCAGCGAGCUUCUCGCAGUUCGGUAUGCUUCGCCUGCGGUAUAACCCUCCCUCCGGUACCUCCCAAGGAUCAAUGGCAAACGGCGGUAAACCAGGCGAAGGGAAUGAGCGUAAGUAGUCGCUACGAAUGUACUGUAUGCAAGAAUCAUUUUUGUAUCGAGUGUGACCUCUUUGCUCAUGAGGUCGUGCACAAUUGCCCUGGCUGUCAAAGCAAGAUUUCGCAGCCGAAGAAGGAUGGCCCUUGGGAGAAUCAAACAGGCCUAGAAACGAUGGAUACCUCGGCAUAAGUGCAAAGCGAGAAUUCCUGACCAGAAGUCCAGCAUAAGACUAUAUGAGUAAGACACUGCAUAGCCAGGCGUUUGUUGGGGGAUUGUUAUUAUUAUUUUAUCAGGAGUUGAAUCAUAAAUACCUCAGGGUAUAGAAACGCAUUAUAACAAAAUGUGACACAUUGCUGGGUUUAUACGUCCUUAGAUCCUUGAAUAGAACAAGCAAAGACAGAAGAUAAUAAUAUAAUGCAAUAAAACUUAUCCAUUAGGGAGUUUGGACCCCAAUAUAUGAGCACUUUG